AUGUGCAGAAACUACCCUACGCACAAACCCAGAGCUUUUUACUUUCCGGAAGGUCGGAGGGAGGUGCCAGAAUGCGCCAUUGAGCUCUGGCGAGGAUUCUUCCAGUCCGUGCGGCCGACGAUGUUUGGCAUGAUGGUGAACAUUGACACCACCAUGACGGCAGUAUACAAGAGCGGGCCUAUGAUCGAUAUCGCCAUGACCUUACUGGGCCUCCGAAAUGUCGCGGAUCUGCGGCUCACAGAACGGGAAGCGAACUUCCAUAAGCUCAAGGAAUACUUUGUUGGACGCCGGGUGACGACUGAGACGACCGGCCAGAAAACGAAGACAAUCUACGGGCUGGUUUCGGCCCCUGUAGGACGGAUCAAAUUCUCAUUGAAGGAUGGCCGCGAGAUGAGCAUCGAAGUCGGUGGAUCGGAGAUAUUCGUCCGACAACUCCGAUAUGGCUCGCUAUUCGGCGUUCGUCUGAGUCCUGUUGAAGUUACAGAUGCAAUCAUCGUUCCCCCGGAGAUCUGCUCUCUCAAGCCCGGCCAAUUCUACCGAAAGAAAUUAACAUCUACUGCAACACGCACGGCCGUCGCAUUUGCGACGCAAAGACCCGGCGAUAGAAUGAAGACUAUCAGUCAAGGAGUCGCCGUCAACAACGGUGUUGUCCGCUCUCCUGUGAGCGAUCUAUUCCCGCAUUUGUCCUCGGCCUCUGACACGAUCGUUCAGCUUCAAGGCUAUGGUCAAUCGCCGUAUGUUCUCGAUGCGCAAAUGUCCAUCAGCACCGCUGCAGUGGAGAUCAGUGCGACCUUGUUCAAGGCACCCAAGCUCGAAUCUCAGAGUGCUCAGAUUACUCCUACGAACGGUUCUUGGAACAUCUUGGGACACAAGUUCAAGAAGGCCGAGACUUUAAACAGUUGGGUCCUAAUCAACUACGACGCCCACCACAUCCGCGAAAGAGACAUCCAAGCAACAGCCGAAGCGCUGAUUAAGGCUUGUGUAAAACUAGGAAUGAAAGUCAAUCCUGACCCGCUUGUGAGAAUAGGAAAUCCGCAGAACCCAGAAGAGGUCUUGGACGCUGUAUAUGCCUACGCUUACAGCAUCCAAAGACAGAUCGAUCUCAUUGUGGUUCUUCUUCCUAGUAAAGCAGAAGAAAUCCGCUAUCGUGUCAAACACUGGGGAGACACCAAAUACGGCAUCCGGACAUCCUGUCUGCGCGAGGAAAAGCUGAUGCCCAACUUGCGUCGCCCGGACGAUAAUCAAUAUCUCAACAAUGUGGCCAUCAAACUCAACGCUCGACUCGGCGGUCAUUAUGUUCUGCCCAUCACGACAUGCCUUGAGCGGAUCAAGCAAGAGCCGUUCAUGGUACUGGGUGCGGAUGUCGCCCAUCCCGGGCCCGGCACCAAUCGACCCUCGAUUGCUAGCCUCGUCUUUUCCUGGGACAGGGAUGCCACCAAGUACAUAGCUCUGACUGAUAUCCAAGCCCCUCGUCUAGAGAUGAUCGAAAACCUCCAGAGCCUGAUGAAAGAGGCUCUCGGGGUAUAUUUCGAAAAGAACAAUACCUUAAAACGCAUCAUCUUCUAUCGGGACGGGGUCAGCGAAGCUGAGAUGGACACCGUCAAAAGUUUCGAGAUUGCGGCUGUCAAGGCUGCUUGUAAAGAGUUGUGGGAAGAAAGAGGAUUCAAUCCCAAGGAUCUGCCUCAGCUUACGUUCAUAGUCGUGGUUAAACGCCAUCAUGUGAUCUUCGUUCCCAAGCCAAAUAGCGACGCGGUUUUGGACCGGAAGACUGGAAAUUGUGUGGCUGGCUUGGUUGUCGAUCGUCUUCGUAGCCCGUUCUCGGGUGGCCGCGAUUUUUUCCUGCAAUCGCAUGGGGCAAUUCAAGGCACCUCGCGCCCGGGUCAUUAUACUGUUCUUGAGGACGAAUGCUUCGGCUACAAUAUGCCUUUCUUACAGCAGCUUUCGUUUGAGCUCUGCCAUGUAUAUGCAAAAGCCACGCGCUCGGUGUCGAUCCCAGCCCCGGUCUACUAUGCGGAUCUUGUUUGUGGCCGCGCCAAGUUCCAUUUUGACCCGAACGCAGGCGUCGAUUUCGAUGCGCUAUUUGACUGGCCCUGGGAUAGUGUCGCGUCCGAAUGCGUGUCGGUGCUAGGACCGGCGGGGUAUGGUUAUGUGCAAGUCAGCCCGGCGACCGAGCACAUACAGGGAAGCCAGUGGUGGACAGACUAUCAAACGGUCUCGUAUAAAUUGGAGAGCAAGCGUGGGACGAGAGGGCAGUUUGCGAAUAUGGUGGCGAGCUGUAAAUCUGCGGGGGUGGAUGUGAUCGUCGAUGUCGUUUUCAACCAUAUGUCUACUGGUUCUGGUGUCGGCUUUGCGGGAAGCAGAUACGACAAGUAUGACUACCCAGCGGUCCCUUACACUUCUUCGAACUUCCACUAUUGCUCGGGGUCUAGCGCUUCGCAGAUCAGCGAUUAUUCGAAUGCGUACAACGUUCAAUUUUGCGAGCUCGCGGGGCUGUCCGAUCUGGCGCAAGAACAACCUGUUGUGCAGAGCAAGAUCGCAGCCAUGCUCAAUGAUCUUCUCUCACUGGGGGUCGCUGGGUUCCGCAUUGAUGCGGCAAAGCAUAUGGUGGACGCUGAUAUCGCCAGCAUACUCUCGAAGCUUCUUUAUCCGUUCUACGACACGCAGGAAGUCAUUUAUGGACAGGGAGAGGCCGUUCAGCCUUCGCAAUACGUCACGUCAGGGAACGUUAUCGAGUUUAGGGCCACGACCUCGGUGUUGUUACAUUUCACGGGUAGCUCGGGCGGUAUCGCCUCCCUGUUGUAUCCGACACCUAUGGGAUCAGCCUGGGGCUUCGUCGACUCUUCUGUCGCCACAUUCAUCAUGGCAAAUCAAGACACGGAGCGGAACGGCCAGUCGCUGACAUACACCUCCCCGAACAACGCUUAUCUUCUGUCUGCGAUCUUCAUGCUCGGGUACAACUACGGGACCCCGACUGUCUACUCCGGCUUCAACUUUUCCGGAUUCGACGACGGUGCGCCACAAAACUCGCAAGGAUACACGAAUACUGUGAAGUGCUUCUCCAACGGCUGGCGAUGCGAACACCGUUGGCCUGCGAUCCUCAACAUGGUCGGGUUCCACAACGCUGUGAGCGAUAAAGCCGUGACGAACGUGCAAUUUGGCAACACUCAGCAACUCGCAUUCGAGCGAAACGGGACUGGGUUCUUGAUUAUCAACAAUGCUGGAUCGACUUGGUCAAAUACUUGGAGUACGACGCUUCCCGCCGGAACUUACUGUGAUAUCCUGCACAGCGACAGUAUUGUCUCUGGCCCUUGCAGCGGUCCUUCAUACGUCGUCUCUUCGUCCGGCCUCUUCUCUGCAUCCGUAGCACCUUACGACGGCAUCGCGCUGGUUAUCGGUGUUACGGGCAACGGCAGCCCUGACAAAAGUGCAAGCACCGUCGCAAGCCCGAGUCCCUCGCCCUCCGCGAAUUCUGUUACAGUGAACUUCGUGGAAACUGCGAGCAGCGGUCCAGGCGAUGUCAUCAAGGUCUGCGGGUCUCUUGCGCAACUUGGAUUGUGGUCGGCAACGUCGGCGAUCGCGCUUUCUGAGACGACCUCCGGUUGGCAACUGAGCAUGACGUUGUCCCCUGGGACUUACUUUGAGUAUAAAUUCAUCCGCGUGUCAGACAAUGGUGCUGUGAACUGGGAGUCAGGCUCGAAUCGAAUGUACACGACGCCGUCUGCCGGGAACGUCGUUACUCUCUAUGGCGCAUUUGGGUCGACCCAGAGCAGCUCUAGUGCCGGCAAGGGAUCGGUAUCCAGCACGGGACAGCCGCCCAACGCGGUCGGCUCGACCCAAGCGGCCGCUUCGAGUGCAUCUUCGACACUCCCGACGUCGCCAACCAGCACCAGCACCAGCACGCCGCCGAGUUCGACUGCUGUGACAGUCAAUUUCGUGGAAACGGCGAGCAGGAGCUACGGCGACACUGUCAAAAUCUGUGGUUCGAUCUCGCAGCUUGGAUCGUGGGACUCUUCAGCAGCACUGGCGCUCUCUCCGACGUCGUCGUCGUCCAACGGCGACUGGCAGCUGAGCACGAUGUUACCUCCUGGGACCUACUUUGAGUACAAAUUUAUGCGCGUCUCGAGCGGGGGCAGGAUCGGUGGUCACGCUUUAUGGCACGUUUGGAUCGACGCAAGGCAGCACUGCUUCGACCAGCGCACCGGCCGGGACCACAUCGUCGUCGUCCCCUUCCUCCUCCGGGGCGACGGUCACUUUAUCGAAACGGCGUCCGCUGCGUCGGCCGAAGUGAUCAAACUCGUCGGCUCGACCAGUGAGCUGGGAAACUGGACGCCUGCGGCUGCCGUCGCGCUAUCGAACUCGGGGAACGUCUGGUCUGUGACGCUGGUGCUGCCUGCGAACACAGCCAUCCAGUACAAGUUCAUCCGUGUGAGGGGGAAUACGGCAUCGUGGGAAUCGGACCCGAACCGGUCGUAUACGACGUUGUCCGCGGGCUCGACGGACACUCUAUCGAGCAGCUUUAGAUAA